GCACGUCCGGGGCGCGACCAACCUGGUCCACGGCCCUCCUACCGACCAGACGCACCCGCUACCGCCGCCGUUGUCUUCGUCAGUAUUCGCACGGAAACGACGACGAGACGACCCGCGACCCCGAGUCUCCGUCGCAGACGAAAACGCUUUGCAACUGUGUUCGUUUUGAAACGGUUUCGAUCGACUGGCGCGCGUGCGAUCGGCGUCAGUACAAAACAUACAUAUAAUAUACAGACAGUGAUAAAACGUUUUAUAAUAUUAUUUUCGUGCGGUUGUUCGCAUGAGCGUGAAUUCGCCGCGCCGCAGCUUACAUCGCACCCGGAAUCGUCUCACGCCCGGUCACGACACUCCUAGGGCCGGUGCAGACGCGGUGUUUUUUUUAUAAAAACGAAUCAUAAACAUACAAUACGUCUAUAUCGGCGGACGAUGACGUGCGGUGAAACGCACUAAGGUAUACGGUUGUCCAGCGAACGACAACGACGCGUGGCGGCCAUCGCAUGUCGUACAUGUCGCCGAGGGACGUGGUCGGCGUCCGCGCCGCCGGCAGCAUCAGCCUGUCGCCGGGCAGUUGCAUGGAAGCGCUCAGCGAGAGUUCGGCGUCGAGCGCGGCGGCGGCGGCGGGAGGCUCCGUCACCGUGUCCGACUUUCUGCAGACCAAACGCAGCCUGUCGUUCUCGUCCGAACAGGUGUCGUGCAUGUGCGAGGCCCUCCAGCAGUCUGGUGACGUGGAAAGGCUGGCCCGGUUCUUGUGGUACCUGCCACCGAGCGAACUGCUCCGCGGUCAAGAGACCGUCCUCCGGGCCAGGGCCCUAGUUGCGUUUCACAGGAACGCAUUCCACGAGCUGUAUGCCAUACUAGAGAGUCAGAGUUUCGACUCAAGGCAUCACUUGCAACUCCAGCAGUUAUGGUUCAAGGCACACUAUCUGGAAGCGGAGAAGAUCCGCGGCCGAACCCUAGGCGCGGUAGACAAGUACCGGCUGCGCAAGAAGUACCCGCUACCAAAGACAAUAUGGGACGGUGAAGAAACCGUGUACUGUUUCAAGGAGAAGUCGAGAAACGCGCUGAAGGACUGUUACUUGAAGAACAGAUACCCAACACCAGACGAGAAACGAGAGCUAGCCCGGCGGACGGGCCUAACGCUCACGCAAGUCAGCAACUGGUUCAAGAAUCGUCGGCAGCGCGACCGGACGCCCCAGCAGCACAGUGAUUUGCUGAGUAUUGGGAGUUCAGACAGCAGAAACUAUGAAAUGACCGACAUGCACGGUGUCAAGUCGAUGUGUUACCAGAACGUGCCCUCGUCCACAGGUGGCGGAAAAAUGGGCUCUGGAGCGGCAGCCGCGGCUCUAAAAUCUGCCACGGCCACGGUGGUGGCCGGAUACCCGGCAUCUGAUACGGAAAUGUUCCCGUCUGACUAUCCGUCACACCACCUCCAUCACCAUCACCAUCAUCCCCACCAACACCAUUACAGCAACAACAACAACAACAUAAACAACAACAACAACAACAACAAUAACAAUCAUCUCAGUCACCUAUACCACAAUCACCAUCACCAAAUGCUACAGCCCAUACCACAGACUUCUGCAGCAUCGCAUUCAUAGAUAAUGAAUUGAUCAUUAUUAAUUACCAUAAUGUAUAACAGUACCUCUAUCUUAUUAUAUAGAUAUUAAUAUGUAUUUUAAAAAUAUAAAAUGGCACAAAUUGUAAACAAAAUCCCAUUAUCUGUCUGUAUAAGUAUAAAUAUUAUUAUUACUUUUUUAAUUGUUUUUAAUUUUUUUUUUCUAAUAAUUUCAAACAUAUUAUACUAAGAAAACGUUCAGUGAGCCCACGAUUUGUGCCCCGUGGACCAACGAUCACGUCCAUCAGUCGAUUUGCAACCAGCAAAAUAAGGAUUAUAAUUAUUUAUUUAUAGUAAAUACUAACUUAAAUCGAUCGAUAAUUGCACAUUUUAUAAAACUUUUAACGGUGAUUGAAUGAAAACGUAUUCUCUCUACUUUUUAAUAACUAGGACUAUGACCAAAAGCCUAAAUACUAUAUAAGCUGUAAAAAUGAACUAUAACACCACAUAUACUUAGGUACUUACCACCAGAACAGCUUUAAGUUUGCAAUCAUUUUAAGAAUCAUUUUUGAGCUGAUAUUGUACUAAAUGUAUUUUUUUUUAAUUCCAGUGCCAAAACUUAGUACCUAUUGUGUUAUCGUUUUUUGGGCAUUUUUUUUUUUUAACUGAUUUAGCCAAUUUCUUAUUUGUUAAAUGCUGUAUGCGUUUCUUUAAAUACAACAACUUAUUUUUGUAAAUCAUGCUAUAGCUUUUCGCUAUACAAAAUAAUAUGCGUUUCAUGCAUAGGUAAUGCUAUGUAUUUAAUUAUAUUCAUACAUUUCGUAAUAAAUGUUAGUUAAUUUUAUUUAAUUUUGCUUGUAUUUCAAACUGACUUAUUUUUGUGUUUUAGUAUCCCAUUACGACAUUUAAAAAAAAACACAAUGAUAUUUUUAUUCAUCAUAUAUCUACUUAACAUAAGAAGAGUAAUGUAUAGUAGUCAGUCUCAUUAUUUUGCAAAUGUGUAUGGAAAUCUGAUUAUAUAAUUUUGUCGAAAUUAUGUUCGUACACGCAUUAUACACGUUUAUAAUAUGAAUCAUAAAAUUAUAAGAUAAAAAAAUAAUAAAAAUAUAUGGAUAUCAUAUAUUAGUCAUAUCAACCUUGUUUUGAAGCUAUUGUCAGAUUACAGACAUAAUUACUGUGCACGGCCAGACACAUCUUAUUUACUUGAUAUUUAUUUUUUAUUUUUAUCUCGUACAUAGGUUUUUUUUUCUGGCACGAUUAUUGUUCGAUUCGACCAUAGUUGUACGCAGUGGACAAAUUGUAUGGCACAAGUAAUGAUACUUAUAAUAUAAUGUAAUAAAACGUAAAACCACGAUAACUUCUUCAUUAGACAAUAUAAUUCUAUUAAUAAAAUUUAAAAAUUCAUCAUAGUAAAUACUAAAUAUUAUAUAAGAAUAUAGGCAUCUCGAAAAUAUUCCGAUCUUCAAAUUUAGGAAUAGAGAUAUUAUUUUAACUCAGAGAUUCCAUAUUAUCGAUCUUUUUUAAUUUUGAUUUUUGCUACAUCUCGCUUAUUAGAUUAACGAAAACUGUUAACAGUGUUAUUGAUGUUACCGAUGAUACAUUAUAUUAUGGAUAUCACGUAUUUAGGUAACUUUUUAACACUUCAUAGGUUUAAGUCUUCGUUCCCCACGCCCACACACAAACGAAACUUCACAAAAAACAACUAAAUAAAAUCUAAAAAUAAGUUAAAAAAUGAUUAUUAAUUGUCAUUUAGUUGUAACAUAGGUUAUCCAUAGGUUUUCAUAUUAUAUUCAUUACUAUUGAAUCAUUAGCAACGAUAUUAUAAAAGUUUUUAUUAUUGAUUUAACCGUCCUCGCACGCAAAAAAAAAUUGAUGUUUGAUACGAUUAUGAUAUUAACUUAAAAUAAACCACACUAUAUGUAAAUAGUCACCGACAAACGUGAGUGACAAAUGACAGAUAACUGCAAUAUUGAAAAUAUCACCUAUAUAUAAUGUAUAGGUACCUAAGUGUUGUGGAGUGAUAAAUUUGUUUGCGAAGUAAUAUUUGUGCGCCAUAAAGUUUGCGCAUUUAUAUACGAGUAACGAUGCAAUAUUGGCGUGUGCAAUCGAUUUGAAAAUAAUCACUGUAUAAUAUAUAAGUAGGUAUAUUGUAUGCCAUGUACAAUGUAUAAUAUGUAUUGUGUGUGUGUAUAAGUGAUUAAAAUAGUUUUUAUCGUUGUUACCUAGUUGAUUUAAUGAAAAUGCCAAGUACAUUUCGUAAGUGGUUAAUUAUAUUAUAAUAUAUUGUGUAUACAUAAAUCUCAUAAAGUUAUCCCUUUUAGCAUACGUACGUAUAUAUAAUGUUUUAUGGUAAUUUUAAAAUUAUUUUAUUUAUUUUUCGUUUCAAAACUAAUGUAAAACCCGAAAUCAGGUUUUUAGUUUCUUAUAUCUAUGUGAUUUUAUAUAUAUUAAAUGAUUAUAAGUUAACUGAUGUCAGAUUUGUGUUUUCAAUCUGAAUCAUUAGGUAUAUAUCUGGAUUUUGUUUCGAUGUAACGCGAUUUCGUGACCUUGAAAAUUAAUACUAAAUUCGUAUAUAAUAGAAAAUUGAUAAAGUAACGUGUUGUUAUUAUUUAGAGUAAUAUUUUGAAGAUAUAUUGAAAACCUAUCACAAAAUUUUAGACGGAUAAGUUGCAUCGGAGUGUAAAGUGUUGGAAAAACAAUCAAGUUAUGUAAGCAUUGUGCUGUGCUGCUAACAUGAUUUGUGUAAACACAUUAAAAUCUUUUAGUACGCCACACGACCAUUUUUUGUUAUUUUUUUUUUAUUAUUAUUUUUUAGUAUUGUAUUGUAAAAUAGAAACACCCGAGUGGUUGUAUCGAACGGGUAUUCAUGUUUUUAUUGUAUAUUAAAAUUAUGUACUGUACAAAUUGCUCUUAAAAUAAAAUAUAACUGAAAAUAUGUACCUAC